AUGAUUAGCCCCAUGAUUGAAGCAUCGUGUAUUGAGAUACCGCGGGUCGAAAUCCUGCCUAUGAAGCAAAGGUCACAGAUUCAGAAUCUGGAAGAAGAUUGGACGGGUACCAGUAGUACGAUUAUGAGGAGGAAAUUGCAAAAUCGGUUGAAUCAACGGGCUUCUCGAAAACGUAGAAAAGCCGACUCGAAAAAACUCAAAGCAAUAACCAAAGUCGUAGAAUCACAAGGUCCCGUAAUCCUUGAUCCCACAACACCUCCUGCAAAAGAAUGUAUGUGUAUCAAUCACAUAGAUGUCAAACGUAUUGUCGCUUCCAGAUCAUUCAAUUCCUAUAUCACCGAUACUUCUAUCCCAGCAGACUCCUACUUACUCACUCUUCUUCAUUUCAAUAUCAUCCGUGCUUUAUCUAUCAAUGUGGAAAUCCUCAAACUACCUAUUGAUCGUAUGGAUGAUGAUAUUCUUUCUCCAUUCAACACAUCAUCAUCGACACAGUAUCCGCAGGGUAUACCAGAUUUAUCAAAUCUUCCACUGGCGCUAAAACCUACAAACCUACAAAUCGAAAUAGAACAUCAUCCUGAGAUUGAUGUUUUCCCAUUUCCAAGAUGUAGAGAUCUCAUUCUUUCGGCGCUCUCAAGAGGUGAAGAAUGGGAUGAUAUAGAGUUUUGUAGGGAUAUUAUGUAUGGGUUAGAGGGUGGAGGAGGAAGAACGGGACUCAUUGUUUGGGGUGAUCCAUGGAUACCAGGAAGCUGGGAGGUAGAGGAAACCUUUGCGAGGAAGUGGAAGUGGUUGUUAGAGGGGUGUGAGGAGUUGUUAAUGAGUACUAAUAAAUGGAGGAGUGGAAGAGGUGAGAAGAGACUAGUUUUUGAGGAACUGCUUUGA